CGAGUACUAUGAGGCAAUACUUGUGAUCUAAGAGAAGUUAGACAUGGCUGUAGAGGACCCGUGUGGUCAGCUUAUUGACCACUCCCAUGUGCCAGAUUUUGAGGUCCGUUUGGCAGUGAAGAUCUGUAUGACGGUACUAUAUGGUGUUAUUCUCCUGGCCGGGAUUAUCGGAAACAGUGUUACCAUUCAGGCUAGCAAGGUGCUUAGAGACAAGGGCUACAUGCAGAAGGGAGUCACUGACCACAUGAUAAGCCUGGCCUGCUCGGACCUGCUGGUCCUCCUGCUUGGGAUGCCGGUUGAGCUCUAUACUGCUAUUUGGUUCCCCUUCUCAUCCAACUAUGGGAAUAUCACCUGCAAGAUUUAUUGCUUCCUUUUUGAUGCCUGUAGCUAUGCUACAGUCUUCCAUGUAGCCACCCUGAGUUUUGAAAGGUACAUGGCUAUCUGCCACCCAUUCAAAUUCCAGUUAGUGUCAGGGGCCCGGACAGUCAAGCUGAUGAUUGGCUUUGCCUGGUUAACCUCGGUUUGUGUUGCUUUACCUUUAAUCUUUGCUAUGGGAGCUGAGUAUCCCUUGAGUCCAGCCAUGGGUUACAGAAGACACACUAACUGUAGCAGGCCUACCACUCACCACUAUCAUAACUUCACCCUGUGCACCAGCAUCUCCUCUAAAUGGACAAUCUUCCAGUCCAGUAUGUUUAGUGCAUUCAUUGUCUAUAUCCUGAUUCUGGCCUCAGUGGCCUUUAUGUGUCGCAAGAUGAUGGUCACACUUAUGGCUUCCAAGAAAGGCACAGUAACUGUGAGGGGCCAGCAAGGAGUAAUGACCAAGAACAGCAGCUCUGAAGCUAAAGCUGCCAGGAAACAGACCAUCUUGUUUUUGGGUCUGAUUGUUUUGACCCUGGCUCUUUGUUGGAUGCCUAAUCAAAUCCUGCGCAUUAUGGCAGCCAGCAUCCCAAAGCAGGAUUGGUCUAUCACAUACUUUCGGGCCUACAUGACUCUGCUUCCCAUCGCAGAUACCUUUUUUUACUUGAGCUCUGUGGUGAACCCACUUUUAUACAACAUCUCCUCUAAGCAGUUCAGAAGUGUGUUUCUGCAGGUCCUUCGAUGUCGCCUAACAAUUGAACACGCUAACAAAGAAAAGCUUCUCCGAGCAAAUCUCAACUCUGCUAAGAGCAGCACAAACUAUAAACGCCCUCUGAUAUUUAUGUCUUCAAGAAGAAAAUCUUCUACAAAGACAGCUAAAGAAAAUUUAUUCAGUACAUUUCACAGUGCAUCUGCCGUAGACUGCAGAGAAGAACAAAAUGAUGUAAAUGUGGAUGGAAGAUCACAAAUGACAUUAAAACGCAAUGGUGUUUGUGAAAGUGAAAUCUAAACACUGCCAUAUGGCAUUAAUUUUCUCUCUAAAACCUUUAUAUACAUUGUGACCAGCUUUGUGGACUUCUUUUAAUCACUUACUGUGUGCAGACAAUAGGCCUUUAUUAAAGUGCAUAUUAAUAUUACAACCAAAAAUCAGAUAUAUUUUUUUUCAAACAUAAAUACAACGAAAAUCCAUUUUUGUACAAUGCCCCUAACAAAGCAGGAGCUGAAUUAAGUCCAGAAAGGGUUGUGUUGACAUUAGAGCUGCAUUGUGAGAUGGGCCACCACAAGCAACAGCCAUGUAGUCAGUACAUGUCCCUGCAACUUGUCUCCUGAAUUUCCCUUCUUCCUGGUGCGAGGUCCAUUACAAAGAGGGGUGUUACAGCAGCUGAUACAAACGGAGUCCACUUUACCAGGAUUGCAGAAAGACUGGUAUCCUGCAGAGGUGGUGAGACAAGCUCCGAAAGAGGCACACGACUUGCGAUAAACUAUACCUGUCAAUAAAAAAGGAAAAUUGUUAUUUACAUCAUGAAUUAUGUUCUGCACUUACCUCUAUGAGGAUCACAGACAUUACUGCUUUACAGACACUGCACUCAUGACCAGACACCAGAUUACAUAAAUAAACACUGUAUAGACCUACAGAUCACACCUAUCAGUGCUAUGCAAACACUGUUCUGUGGAACACAUUCAUCCGUGCUAUAAACAACCUUCAUGUAGGUCACAGACGGUAUAUACCCUGUGAAUUAUACAUAGCAAUGCUAUACAUCCCCAAAUCAGAAAAUGAUUAAUAACUCACAUGUAAGGACAGCACACCACAUUCCUCAAUAUUCAAUCUUAAAAAUCUCUAGUGAUAUUUUUUACAAUAUCACCUAUAUACUGUAUUACUAUUUAUAUGACUGUAUUUCAUAGCAUCCUUUGGGGGUCAUUAGAAAAAAAAUCAUAUGAAUUUGAAACUAAGUGUGUCAGAAGAAAAGCUCAGGAAACCCUAAUCUGUAGAUUGUAAAUACCAUAAACCCCAGUUAUGUACAGACCCUUUCCCUCCAGAUCAGACACAUCCACAUUAGAAAGACAACUUGUGCACAGACGUCAUUACUAUAAACACCUCUCUGCACAUCACAAACAUCAUAUAUAGACACAGAAUUUAUUUUAGGGAGUCAAGGACAUCCUCAUAAAUGUUACUAUAUAAUGACCCAAUGCUAAAUCUUAUACAGUUUGGGUGAGAAUUCCCAAUAUGCAGAUACGUUGGAACAACUCUGCAAUGAGCCCUCACAUUGCUUAAAGGGACAGUCUAUUUUUUUAUUUUAGAAAACCAUAGAUAACGCCUUUACUACCCAUUCUCCAGUUUUGCAUAACCAACAUUGUUAUAUUAAUAUACUUUAUAACCUCUAAGUGUGCCUGUUUCUAAGCCCUUGCAGCGCGGCUGCCUCUUAUCUCAUUGCUUUUUAUUAGCGUUUAAAAUCUUGCACCACAGCUAGACUGUGCUAGUUCCUGUGUGCCAUAUAUAUAGCAUUGUGCUCACUCCAGUGGAGAAUGUUAAUGGUUAUACAAGAACCAGCACUGAUUGUCUAGUGUAAGCACAGAUGUAGUCUGCAGGGGCUUCAAUACAGGUAAUCAGAGGUAAAAAGUAUAAUAACAUUGUUGAUUAUGCAAAACUCAGGAAUGGGUAAUAAAGGGAUUAUCUAUCUUUCUAGACAAUAACAAUUUUCAAGUUUCAAGACUAUCCCUUUAAUGGUAAUUAUAAGUAUAUAUAGAGUAUAUAAAGAGUAUACAGAUCUCUAUAAGAGUUUCCGAUCCCAAAAUUUCUUUGAUAGAGCUUGUCUGCCACAGAAACCACCAACUGUUACAUAAACCAAAUGUGACAGAAGCCCUCAAGCUCAUAGUGUUCUCAUUUUGUACUUGACAAGUAAAUAAUACAGAUAGUGCCUAAUAACCCAGAGAUAUUGUGCUCCAUGGAGUGGCCGCCCCUUUAAGCACAACAUAACUAGUUCAUACUUUCUUUUCUUUCUUAUACAGUAUUUUGAUUUUUACAAGCUGUAAUCACACAGAAAGGAAAAUACCCAGAAUCCUAUGCUAUAUAUUACAGAGCCUUUGCAUCAAAGUGUGUAAGUUGUAUCCUAUUAAAGAAGUGUCCUUAAUGAAUAGCGUAUGCUUUGUAUAGAUGUUUUUGCUACUGUUUUAGUGCACAAAGGAUAUAACAUGCCCUGGUGUUAAUAUACAAGUAUAUAUUCUUAUUAAAUGUAUUUCUUAACGUU